CUGAUUACAGGUGGCCACCACACAGGUGUAAGGUAGAAAAAUGUGCGACCUGAAAAACAAGCGCGACUGUUCAGUGCCGUUACUCGGGCUCCUGUCACUCCUCGGGUAUGGCCCGCACAUGCGUGGGGAACUGCGCGCCGUUAUUCUUCAUCGCUGUUGUUUUUGACGCAGCUGGACUGGCUGUACUUCUGGUCGGGAUUUUCGGCAACCUGACCCUGGACGGUCGCUUCUAUGGGGAUUUCCUAAUUUACACGGGUUCUGUCAUCAUUUUUCUCAGUUUGGUGUGGUGGGUCCUGUGGUACACGGGGAACGUCCAGCUGUACGGGGAGGACCAGCCAGGCUCCCUGGACAUCCGUUUUGCGCAGUGGGCCAGAAAGCUGUCCAAAAGGCUUUCCAAAAGCCACACGAAGAGUCUGGAAUGCGGGCAAGAGAAGAAGAGUAUGUCAAAUGGCAAGGAGAUAAAUGUGACUGUGCGUGCUUUUACGAUUAGUUGGGAAGACGGCGGCGCCAGCGGAACAGUGUCAGGUGUGGACAACAAAGGGUUUGAUGGAGGAACCGAGUGCGCGUCUCCAGUUGACAAAAACGUGGAGUUGGGAAUCUUGAAGAGCUCAGACGUAACUCUGUCGACAGCAGAAAACAGAGCAGAGAGGCUUCUCUGACAGGAGAUGGUAACAUGCAGCGUCCUUGGUGUUGAUGGACGGGCUUUGUCCUCUCACUGCUUCCCAUAAACUACAACAGACUGACUCUGAGAUUUUUUACUUCUUUAAAAUGGGACAGACUAUUUCAUAAUCAGGGAAAAGCCCUACGCCUUCAGUAAGCAGAUGAGCUGUGCGCAGAGGAGGAAAAAGUCUUUAACUUGUACAUAGCAGUGUUUUAUUUUUAUGUGCAGAUUUUUGUGACAGAUGUAAAUUAUUUUCCUUGGGAAUAAAGAUUACACGUACUUG